CCGUCGAUGGGCGGAUGCUCAGUGCACGGCAGUGCGGGGACCCCGGGGAGUCUCCGCGAAUUUCGGUGGAUCUCUCGGCCUCGUCGCGUCAACUGAACGUCAAGUGGAUCGCGGCCAUGUCGACUACUUAUCAGUCGCCUGUCCGGGUUGGCCAUUUUGCUCGACCAUGUCUUCGCUUUUUGUUUUCUCCUGUUCGAGUUUCUGUGUGUCUCUAAUUCAAACUCUGCUCGCACUAUGCCGUCGCAAUUCGACGUGGACCAUAUCCUAAAAAAUAUCGGCGAACAAGAUAAGAUCGCCCUUCUGUCCGGUAUUGAUUUCUGGCAUACACACCCCAUCCCCGAAUUCGACGUCCCGUCUGUUCGCACCACCGACGGCCCCAAUGGCAUCCGCGGCACCAAGUUCUUUGCCGGCGUGCCGGCAGCCUGUCUUCCAUGCGGAUCCGCCCUCGGGGCGACGUGGGAUCGGGAAUUACUACACCGGGCGGGAAAGCUGGUUGGCGAGGAGUCCAUCGCGAAGGGCGCCCACUGCUGGCUAGGUCCGACGAUCAACAUGCAGCGCGCCCCGCUGGGUGGACGAGGCUUCGAAUCCUUCGCAGAGGAUCCCCAUCUGUCGGGAAAGCUGGCCGCAGCCAUGAUCCUCGGCUGCGAAGGCACCGGGGUCAUCUCGGCCGUGAAGCACUUCGUGGGUAAUGACCAGGAGCAUGAAAGGCGCGCGGUGGACGUGCUAGUCACUCCACGCGCGCUGCGGGAAAUCUAUUUGCGCCCGUUUCAGAUCGUGGCUCGCGACGCGGCGCCCGGGGCACUGAUGACCUCCUACAACAAGAUCAACGGAAAGCACGUCGUGGAGGACAAAAAGAUGCUGGACCUCGUCCGCCACGAGUGGAAAUGGGACCCGCUCAUCAUGAGUGAUUGGUACGGGACCUACACGACGAUUGACUCCAUGGAGGCCGGUCUGGAUCUCGAGAUGCCCGGCGUGUCGCGAUACCGCGGCAAGUACAUCGAGUCGGCCGUGCAGGCCCGCCUGAUCAAGCAGUCCACCAUCGACGCGCGGGCGCGCCGGGUGUUGGAGUUCGUCCGUCGAGCCAGCCAGACCCGGGUCUCAGACGUGGAAAAAGGUCGAGACUAUCCGGAGGACCGCGCGUUGAACCGCGCCGUCUGCGCUAACAGCAUCGUGCUGCUCAAGAACGACGGCAUCCUCCCCCUGCCCAAAAAGAUCAAAAAGAUCGCCCUGAUCGGGUCACACAUGAAGACGCCAGCCAUCUCCGGGGGCGGCAGCGCGUCCUUAGAGCCCUAUUACACGGUUUCUCUCUAUGAUGCCGUCAAGGAGGCUCUACCAGAGGCCACGAUUGUCUACGAAACCGGUGCCUACGCGCACAAGAUGCUGCCGGUCAUCGACCGCCUUCUCAGCAACGCUGUCCUACACUUCUACAACGAACCCGUCGGCACGCCACGCACUCUCCUCUCGACCGAGCCCGUGGGCAAAACCGCCUUCCAGCUGAUGGACUACAAGACGCCGGGGCUGAACCGGGGCCUCUUCUGGGCGACGCUGGUGGGCGACUUCACGCCCGACGCGUCGGGAACGUGGGACUUUGGGCUGAGCGUCUUUGGCACGGCCAAUCUCUAUAUCAACGACCAGUUGAUCAUCGACAACACGACGCACCAGACGCGCGGCACGGCGUUCUUUGGCAAGGGCACCGUCGAGGAAGUCGGAUCCAUGACGCUGGUCGCCGGUCAGACCUAUCGGAUCCGCAUCGAGUACGGCUCCGCCAACACUACGACCAUGAAGACCGUCGGAAUGGUGAACUUUGGCGGUGGUGCAGCCAACCUCGGUGCCUGUCUCCGUAUGGACGCCGAGCAGAUGGUCGCCAAUGCCGUCGAAGCGGCCCGGGGCGCAGAUUACACCAUCCUCUGCACCGGGUUAAAUCAGGAUUGGGAAUCCGAAGGCUUCGAUCGCGCGCACAUGGAUCUCCCGCCCGGCAUCGACCGGUUGAUCUCCCAGGUUCUGGACGUGGCCGCCGAUCGCACGGUGAUCGUCAAUCAAUCGGGAAUGCCCGUCACCAUGCCCUGGGCGGGCCAAGCAAAAGGGAUCGUCCAGGGAUGGUAUGGCGGAAACGAGACGGGCCAUGGCAUUGCAGACGUGAUCUUCGGCGAUGUAAAUCCUUGUGCGAAGCUGCCCGUCUCUUGGCCUGUUGAUGUGAAACACAACCCAGCGUAUCUGAACUAUGCCAGCGUAGGCGGUCGGGUUCUAUAUGGAGAGGAUGUCUACGUGGGAUAUCGAUUCUACGAGAAAACGGAACGAAGCGUUCUCUUUCCAUUUGGACACGGCCUCUCGUAUACGACCUUCGCCGUUUCCCCGAAAGCUACCGUUCAGCCUACAACCUUUUCUCCGGAAAACCCUCCCACUAUUACGGUGCAGAUUCAGAAUACGGGCGCAGUGGCGGGGGCUCAGGUGCUACAACUGUACGUCGCUGCCUCGGGCUCGACGACCCCUCGACCGUCCAAGGAGCUACACGGAUUUGAAAAGGUAUUCCUACAACCUGGGGAGGAGAAACAGGUGCAGAUCAAGAUUGAUCCGUACGCGACGAGCUUUUGGGACGAGAUAGAGGGAAUGUGGGAAAGCGAGGCAGGCAUCUACGAAGUGCUGGUGGGCACAUCGAGUAACGAGAUCGUGGCUCGGGGACAGUUCACAGUCGAACAGACUAGAUAUUGGACGGGCAUUUAGAGGCGAUAGAAAUUUUGGAUAGAUCCCUCGCUGAUUGGGGGGAAAAUACCCAAUGCACACGAAGCACC